AUGGAAAACAAGGAAAUGCAAACUGUUCUUUCAGUGGAGAAUACGACGGAAAAAAAGGUUCAACAACUUGAUUUGAAUCAACAGUCAUUUGAAGAGCCUUCUACAAAGAUCCCUAUGGAAGAUGAAUGUUCAGUGGAGCUUGAAUGCAAUGUUGCAAAGGAGUUAGAAAGGCUUGAGCUGAAACAGAAGGAGUUCCAAAGGAUGAGGAACUUGAUCACAGAUUUUAAUCGUGAGUUUGAGUCCAAGGAGAUGCAGUUGAAAAUGCUGCAGGAGAAUUAUUCUGCUGAACUUUAUUUGAAGAAGAAGCGGAACUAG